AACUCAUAGUUACAUCGACUCGAUUGGUGACUCUACCUGUCUUUCUACGUUUGGCUUCUUCAGUUUGGCAACAAUCUUCGUUAGCUAUCUAUCUAUCAUCAUCAUGCAAGCCGAUAAACCGAUGGAACCGACCGUGGAGCAGGGUCAGCCGAAUCACAGAGACUUUGGCAAUCUGAAAGAAUUCAAAGUCCAACAUUCGACUCUCCGGGAUGAUCCUUUUGCCAUUCGUCCGGGCAAGACGUUGCUGUGGACCGGCGUUAGUAUGACACUACAGCCUUCCAAGAAAAAGGAAGAGCCGCGAGCUUUGCUCAAGAACGUUUGGGGCGAAGUUCCCGCGGGGAAAGUCACGGCAAUCUUGGGUCCGUCGGGUGCCGGCAAGACGAGCCUUUUGAACAUUUUGGCGGGCCGGACAAUUUCUAGUUCCAACCUUACCGUCACUCAUAACGUCCGUGUCGACACGUUUCAGGUGGACCCAGCCCGUCAAUCCAUGCGACGUCAGAUUGCCUUUGUCGCCCAGGAGGACAGUCUCCCUGCCGCCACCACGCCCCGCGAAGCCAUUCGCUUUUCCGCACGCCUGCGCCUCUCCAAGGACACCACCGACGAAGAACUGGAAACUCUCACCAACCGCAUGCUACAGGAACUCGGACUAGAAGCCGCCGCAGAUACCAUCGUUGGCAACGCAUUGAUUAAAGGAAUAUCGGGUGGCGAGCGUAAACGCGCAUCGGUGGGGGUGGAAUUGGUCACUCGACCAGCGCUCGUGUUUUUGGACGAACCCACCUCCGGUUUGGAUAGUUUUGCCGCUGUCAAGUUGGUUAACUUGUUGAAAAAGGUGGCAUCGGCGGGUUCGUCUGUCCUAUUCACCGUUCACCAACCAGCUUCGGAAACUUUCGCGAGUCUGGAUCAGGUCAUAUUCAUGGCGCAUGGGCAAGUCGUUUACCAAGGGUCUCCCGAGAAAGUGCCGGAAUACAUGGAAGAUCGAAACAAGUCGGUACCAGAACACGCCAACCCCGCCGAUUGGAUGUUGAUGGUGACCCAGACGAUGAGCGAAGACGAACUGGCAAAGGACAAUUUCUUUUCGGUUGACGAACGGAAUUUACCCGAAGCCGAACCAAUGCCGAAAGGCCAAAGCAUGAUGGCCAAAACUAUGCACUCGGAAUCAGGGGCGAUUGUGGAAGUUCAGAAAAUCUCCAUUUUUGUUCAGAUUUAUGAACUUCUAUAUCGCGAUAUCGUCAACACUGGUCGCGAUACGACAGCUCUUUUGACUCGUUUUGGGGCAUCCAUCUUUUUGGGAUUGGUGAUCGGGGUCGUCUACCAGGGUGUCGGUGCAACUGACUUGUCCGACGCGAUUGACCUCCAGAGCCAUUUUGGAGGAAUGACCAUGGUUUUGAUUCAGGCCAUGUUUGGUACAGGAAUUUCCAUUCUGCUCGAGUUCCCUACCGAACGUCCCGUGUUCUUGCGAGAGUAUACCACAGAUCACUACCACAUUGGGGCCUACAUCUUUGCUAAGUUUGUCAUGGAGGCGGUGUUGACGUUUCUCAAGGUCAUGUGUGAAGCCUUGAUUCUUUACUAUCUGAUGGAAUUACAGAUGCCCUUUUUGACUUACUUUGGAAUCCUGUACAUGCUCGCCAUGGCCAGUGCGGCAAUUGCGGUGCUCUUUGGCUCGGCCAUGGACGAUCAAAAGGUAGCCCAGGAAAGUUUGCCUAUCCUUUACGUUCCACAGUUUCUGUUUUCGGGAUUCUUCAUAAGUAUAACGCUCAUCCCUCCUUACUUGCGUUGGGCGCAAUACCUGUGCUCGCUGACCUACGCCAUUCGCCUAUCGGUGGUGAACGAGUUCGACAACUGCGUGGGACCGGACGCGCAGCAGAACUGCAACGAUCUGUUUGAAGAAUUGCAAGUGGAUCGGUCUGACGUAUGGUGGUACUGGCUAAUGAUUACCGUCAUCUUUCUGAUACCACGAAUCGGAGCCAUGUUCGCACUAAAGCAGUCAGCCAAGCGGUUUUAUUCGAACUAACAUUUUAAGAGAAUCCUUAUGGAAGGACCGACCUUGGUAUCCGAGGACUACUCCAUUAUUUAAAUGUUGUGCGUAUUUGUGU